GUGUCGUGAAUGUGUCUGAUCGUGCCUUCUCGCUACGUUGGGAGCAGGCAGUUGGGUGUGUGGAUGAUUACCUGGUGAACCUGCUACCAAACCAGGGAAAAGUCACAGUCCACCCUGCACUGGAUGGACACAUUCAGCAUGGCCUUCUUCUCCCUCAUCCUGCUGCUCACACUCUGCCUGGGACAGGAACAGUCAAAGGCUGAUGUGGUGAAUGUAAGUCCGGGGACACAAUAUGCUGUAACAGUCACAGCAGCCUCCUCCUCCAACAUCAGCCCUGGAGUCAGCCGCAUGAUCAAUACUAAUGGGAGUGUUCCUGGUCCACCUUUAAACCUAGAAGGAGAGGCUGUGGGCUCCAAUGGUAUACUGCUCUCCUGGAUCAUGCCACCUGGUGCCAAGAACAUUGACGGAUACGUCAUCAGGUACAAGGAGGUGUGUCCUUACCCCGAUCCCACCUUCACACAGGUGACCAAGUACCUGGACGUACCAGAGACACUGCUCACUGACUUCAUCUCAGGUUCUACAUACCACAUUGAGGUAGCAGCCAUAGGUCCAGCUGGAAUAGGAACCUUCAGCAAAUCUUUAUACAUAAAGACAGCUGAGUCCCCCCCUGGCCUGGUGACCAACUUGACAGCGUUUGCUCAGAACCACACCUUCGUCGUGGUUACCUGGUUCCUGCCGCACCGCAUCAACGGCCUCAUCACAAAGUUUGCUGUCAAGGCUAAACACGCUCGUACUGGGCAGACGGUCCGCACGCUGGAGGUCAACGCAGAGGACAUCAUGACCGGAGCGCUGCCUCACUGCAAUGAUGCAGCCGAUAUCCUGUCCCGUGCCACUCUCAGUCCCUUGGAGAUUACAGCAUCGUCUCCACCCAUCACCCUCUCCGCCGUGCCCCCUGCAGCUGCCUGGAGUGUGCCCAUAUCAGUAGGAGUUGAUCAGUUACGACCUUACACUGCCUAUCUGUUCGAAGUGUCUGCCUUCACCUCUGAUGGAGAGGGGCAGAUAGCCUCCACUAUGGUCCGCAUGCCAGAAUCAGCCCCAGAAGACCCGCCAACUAACUUCUCUAUAACCAAUAUGACGUCUCGGUCAGUCUCCGCAUCCUGGAAAUCUCCCAACAUUAUCACAGGAAAAUUUACCUACAUGGUCUACCUUUAUGGACCUACAGGAUAUUUGUAUGAGAACAGCACAGGAGACAUGCGGUUCACUUUUACUGGUUUGAGCCCCUACACGAGAUACACAUUGGGGGUCCGAGCCAAAGCUGCUGGAGAAGUGGGUCCAUCAGCGCAGGUCAAUGUAAUUACUCCUGCUGAAGCGCCCAGUGCUGUGCAGGAUUUGAUGGCAGUAGCUGAGGAUUCAGUUUCAAUCCGUGUGAGUUGGAGAAGCCCUGCCCAGCCAAACGGUCCGAUCACCCAGUACAGACUGCAGGUUCUGGUUGACGACAUUCUGCUGCAGGACAUCACCCUCACUGCAGUAGUGAAUACAACUGGUUUCAAUGAAGAUACGACACUUCCCCCUAAUGUCCUUAACAAGCCAGGGCGGAGUAAGAGAACUGCUGAGCUCAGUCUGAUUACAUCACCGCCGACUUUCACGGCCACUAUUUCCGAUCGCACACUGCCCACUGGUGUGACUGCUUCCAGCCCCACACACUCUGAACUAAGAGGCGCUGACCAAAUUCCCAACACUGAUGCUCAACCAACUGCUGACUCCAUGAUCACUGAGAUGCCCAGCACCAGUUACGCCUCUGCUUCACAUUCUAACAGCACAAAUAUUCAAUCUACUGACUCUGCAGUCUUUGGUACCUCUACAUUUUCUCCUACCUCUGUGCCACCUGCUACAUCUCCACUCUGGCUGACAAAGCAGCCACAUGCUGGGGAUAUGACCUCAGUCUCGCCCCCCUUGGCACUGACCCCAGGCCAGUCCCACUUGUCCACACAUGAUGCAGCAAUUAUGGGACACUUUUUAACACGCAGUGCUACAGCUUCUGGUACUAUAGGUGUAACAGUGAGAGAGGAGGUGAUGGACGUUUUGUCUGAGGAGUUGUCUUACCUUGUCUCAGAACUGAAUCCCUUCACUGACUACACGUUCAGGGUAACUGCCUCCACAACUGUGGGAGAGGGUCCUGCAACACAUAUCACUGAGAAGACCAGGGAGCAGGUCCCUAGCUCAGUGCUUGAAGUAUCCUAUCAAAACAUCAGCUCCACCUCCAUAUUAGUGAACUGGGUCCCACCACUCAACCCCAAUGGAUGGAUCACACAUUACACUGUCUAUGGCCUCAAACUGCACAAAAACCAGGCCCUGAAGUGGGUUACUAACACUACUAGCAUACUGAUAACAGAUUUGGACAAGCAUACUGGUUAUAAGCUACGCGUAGCUGCAUCUACAGCUGUGGGAGAGAGCUCUCUGUCUGAGGAAGAUGACAUCUUUGUUUUCACCUUAGAGGACGAGCCCGACUCCCCCCCUGUGAACCUCACUGUGGUUGAGACAAGUCCCUCCACCGUCACAUUGGCCUGGUCUGCACCAGAGAAAGCCAAUGGGGUGAUCCAACGUUAUGAGGUCCUGUAUAAGAACGAGUCCUACUCUGCGUUGAUGAACACAUCCUCUAACAGCGUCACCCUGAUCCACCUGAAGCCAUUCUCCUACUACAACGUGUCUGUGAGGGCGUACACGCGUUACGGCCACGGCAACCAAACGUCAGACACUUUAUACCUGUUAUCUGGCGAGGAUGUCCCAGGUAGUCCUCCAUAUGGCGUCACUCAUGAGUCAAUCAGUCCCAGCGAGGUGAACGUGACCUGGCACCCUCCUCUGCUGCCUAACGGGGUCAUUACCCACUACAGCCUUGAGCUUUGGAAUUCCAGUCACUACCUGAACCUCACUUCCCCAACCAACUACAUCCACAUCACACAUCUGCGGAAGUAUGCACACUACCACGUCAUGGUUCAAGCACACACACGCGUGGGGCCUGGAAACUACAGCAGCGAGCCGCUCAACAUCACCACACUGGAGGAUGUGCCAAGUGACUCGGUCCGAAACCUGACAGCUCAGAUCUUCAGCUCCACAGCCAUCAUCGUCAGCUGGGACCCUCCCCUUGAGCCCAACGGCCGUCCCUACUACCUUCUCACCUUACAGGAAGCUGGCAUCUCCCCAAAUGUAUCCAACCAAGGGACUCUUGCUGUCAACAAGACCAUCAAGCAUACCACAACUGACAAUGUCUUCUUAUUCACAAGACUCAAGAAAUAUUUCCCAUAUGUGUUGACUGUUACCCCGGCUACUGGUGCUGGCCCUGCCUACAACCAUACCAGCACGAUGUACCUCAGAACGGAUGAUGAUAUUCCUAGUUCUGCUCCAUUACUGGUGUCCACCAGGAAUCUGUCAUCGUCCUCCAUCGUAGUGGUCUGGCAGCGCCCUCUGGAGGCCAACGGGGAGAUAAUCGAGUAUACCCUCACUCUGUUUGGCCCAGGGGGCCCCAGCCCAACAUCUACCCCCAACACUUCGUUCAUCCUCACCAGCCUACUUCCGUACACAGCUUACAACCUCACUAUUACGGCUGCAACGCGUAAAGGCUCAGGGCCUUAUCUGCUGUUGCAGCUGCACACCGAUGAAGGAGGCCCCAUGUCUCCUCCCCGCAACUUGACUAUAUACAACCACACAGCAGUCUCUGUGUGGCUGAGCUGGGAGCCUCCGCUGGAGCCCAAUGGAGUGGUGAUACAGUACGGCUUCAGGAUCCGAGACCUCAUCACACACACCGUCACACACAGGAAUUCCUCUGGUCCAUCGACGACAGAUUAUCUAUCAGGCUUCAGGCCUCAUAGCUCCUACGAGAUCAGUGUUUACAGUUACACCAGAGUCGGCCAUGGGAAUCAGUUCAGCAUCCCCGUGACCUUCACAACUAACGAGUCAGUGUCUGACACUGUGGGGAACCUAACCUGCUCAGGAGUGAGCUGGGAUUCAAUUCAUUUGUUUUGGGAACCCCCAGCCCACCCUAAUGGGCAGAUUCUUUUUUAUGAGAUUGCAUUGGAGUUAGACUUGCAGUCCUACACACACCAGGCUCACACACAAGAGUACACAGUGAAUGGGCUGUCACCAGACCAGGAGUACACACUCACUGUGGCUGCAGUCAACUCUGCAGGACCUGGAGACACAGUAAACUGUACUGCUUCCACUCUAUCUGAAUCAGUCCCGGCUGCCCCUCGCUUCCUCACCAUCUCUCAGGUCUCACCUAACAAUGUGACACUUCAGUGGGCUCCACCGCUCUCCAUUCCAGGCCUGCUGAAAGAGUACCACAUCAUUGCACAGCUGCUUUCAACUGUUUGUGAACCAAACAUACCAACUACUGCACAACCGCCCCCAGAGGAAAAACUGAUCUCCAGUUGUGUGGACUCUAAUGUCACAGUGUCAGUGAAUGCUUCGGAUGGGACUGAAGAGAACCAAAGCCUCACACUCCAGUCCCUGGCUAAAUACAGAUACUACCGCUUCAAAGUGGCUGCUGUGACCAACGCUGGAGUGGGAGAAUAUACAGACUGGAAUUAUGAACGCACCCUGGCAGGAAAACCCGAUUCCCCUCCCCGUAACCUGAAAGUGACCCCUACCUCCAACAGCCUUCGCAUUGCAUGGGAAGCUCCAGCUGUUCUCUCUGGACCGACUUUGUAUCUUGUGCAGGUGGACGGCCCUGAUUUGAACAUCUCAACAGUCCGAGCUCCAGGAGAGUUGAUGACUGUCGUUGUGACUAACUUGACUGCUUUCACUCGUUACUUUGUGACUAUCACUGCCUUCACUGGUCCAUUGGAGCAUGCUGCCAGAGAUGGGAAGGCCAUUGGGCCUAUUGGGUUUCAAACGCUGGAGGAGGAACCCAAAGACCCUCCUAAGAACGUGGUUGUAUCACUUGUCCCAGAGGAAGUGAACCGUGUGAAGGUGACAUUUAGCCCUCCAGAGGAGCCCAAUGGAAACAUAACCGCCUACUUUGUGUACAUCUACGAAAAGGGCCAGCUGGUCAAGAACAUUAGCCUUAAUAUCACCAAAAGAGACCAAAACAUGCUGACUGCUGUCAUAGAGGGCCUAAAGGGAGGACACAGCUACAGUAUGCAGAUUUCAGCAAUAAACGCGGCUGGUAGGAGUCCACCCAGCCCACAUGUCCAGAUAACUACACAAAUCAAAGCCCCGGCCAAACCAACCCAGAGACCCCAGGCAGUGCUGGGCCAUGGAGGGGUUGCCAUGGUAACCCACAGGAGUAUCACCAUCCGCAUGCCUGCCUGUUUCUAUAGUGACGACAAUGGACCAAUCACAAAAAUUCAGGUCAUCGUGGCCGAGUCAGGGGUGAAGGACAUCCAGAACCUGAGCAACUGGAAGCAUGCAUUUUUUAAUCGUCCUGCCCCUUACCUGACCGACAAGGGGUUCCCCAACCCAGCGUGUUUGUUGGGGGACAGGUCGUCACGCACAAACCUACAUGUCAGAGGUGGUCGCAGUGUGUCUGGAGACAGCCAGACGGCAGAAACAUAUGUGAUCGGACGGGACGAUGGCUGUCUGGAGGAGAACAAUACUGAUAAUUUCUGCAAUGGGCCUCUGAAGCCUAACACAGUCUAUGUGUUUAAGUUCAGAGCCACUAACAUCAAUGGCCAAUACACCGACUCUGAGUACUCAGAUCAUGUCAAAACUGCAGUGGACGGGCUGUUGACCAGAGACGAGCAGAUCAUUCUGGGUGUUCUGCUCUCCUUCUUCUUGGCUGUGUUACUCAUCAUCAUCAUCUGUGGCUCAGUCAAGAUUCAUCAGCGUAAGAAAGAGGGCGGGACUUAUUCACCCAGAGAAGCAGAGAUCAUAGAGACCAAGUGUAAGCUGGAUCAGCUCAUCGCUGUUGCAGAUCUGGAGCUGAAACAAGAAAAACUCAACCGGUAUUCUUCCUUCUUCUUUAGACGGAAAGAAAUUUAUGUGAUCCAGCUGCUCAGCUACAGGAAAUCACUCAAGCCUGUCAACAAAAAGUCUUUUCUGCAGCACGUAGAGGAUCUGUGUGCCAAUGACAAUGCCAAGUUCCAGGAAGAGUUUGCUGAGCUUCCAAAGCUGCUGCAGGACCUGGCCACCACAGACGCCGAACUGCCCUGGAACAAAUCAAAAAACCGCUUUCCCAACAUCAAACCAUAUAAUAACAACCGAGUGAAGCUGCUGUCAGAACCGGGAACUGCGGGCUCUGACUACAUCAACGGCAGCUUUGUCUCAGGCUACCUUUGUCCCAAUGAGUUCAUAGCCACCCAGGGUCCUCUACCUGGCACAGUGGCUGAUUUCUGGAGGAUGAUCUGGGAAACUGGAACGCACACCAUCGCCAUGCUCACGCAAUGUUACGAGAAAGGCAGAAUUCGGUGUCAUAAGUACUGGCCAGAGGACAAUAAGCCAAUGUCAGUGUUUAGUGACAUUCUCAUCUCCAAAGUGUCAGAGGAAGUCCUUCCUGACUGGACUGUCAGAACUCUAAAAGUAGAAAAGCACGGGCAGUACAUUCUGGUCCGCCACUUCAACUACACGUCAUGGCCUGAGCACGGAGUCCCAGAGUCCUGCAGCACUCUCAUUAAGUUUGUCCGAGCUGUCCGAGCCCACCGGCACGACAACACCACUAUAGUGGUCCACUGCAGUGCUGGUGUGGGCAGAACAGGUGUGUUCAUCGCUCUUGACCACCUCAUUCAGCACGUCAGAGAUCACGACUUUGUGGAUAUUUAUGGUCUGGUUGCUGAACUGCGCAGCGAGAGGAUGUGUAUGGUACAGAAUCUGGCCCAGUACAUCUUCCUGCACCAAAGUACGCUGGAACUUCUAAACAACAAAGGCAACAGCCAAUCCAUCUGGUUUGUCAGCUAUUCUGCUCUGGAAAAGAUGGACUCCUUGGAUGCCAUGGAAGGUGAUGUUGAGCUGGAAUGGGAGGAGACCACUAUGUAAAGACAGAAGGGAGAGUAUGUUUUCGAGGGCAUUGGGACGCAACCUGUUCACACACUCAUGGACUGGACUGUUACCACCACACAAGGUUAGAGGAAGGAGGAAGAGGAGGAGGUGAACAGCACAGUCUGAACUGAACGGUCCGUCAGUCGACUUUGUUGCUCCACUUCACCCCACUUCUCAGUGCAGUCCUCCCUUUAAUGAACCUCUUGUCCACUUGUUUUUCCAAGAGAGUGAGAGAAACAACAGACAGUGAUAAAGUGGUAGCACUUUAUAAUAAAGCAUUAGUAAAUACGGAA